UCAAAAUAUCUUCUUCUCUUUCAUCAUAACACUCUACAUUUCCCCGUCAUAACAGUCUUUGUAAAGAGAGUGAACAUUUUUUUAAAAACAGGGAUUAAUCGGAGGACAGAGCUGUUAGCUGCUUAAACCGAGAAACCUUCUUGAACGGUCUCCCACUUGCUAUGUAUCGUAUUUACAGAUAAUGAGUUUUGCAACAAAAUUGCGAUUACAUUUGAACAUUGCUCCAACGCACUUCAAGCAAAAUUGAUCAUAAUGCUCAACUGCAAGGUGAGCCUAGACAACAACAAUGGAAUCAGUACGGCGGAAAUUACUUGGCAAUCCUCGUGAAACCGCCAGCUCACUGUCCGUUCUGCUGUUCACUUGGACUAUCGACUUAUUCAAAAAGGGCUACCAGCAAACGCUGCAAUUGGGCGACUUGUAUCAAACGCUACCGGAAGAUCGGUCAACCACAUUAGGAGAUCAGUUGGAAAGCAAUUGGGUGCUGCAGAAAAGCAACGAAUCUCGGCCAUCUCUCGUCAAAGCAUUAGUCCGGACGUUUUGGAAGAAAUUUUUGGCCCUUGGAUUCAUUUGUUUCUUCAAUGACAUUCUAAUACGACUGACCCAACCGUAUUUACUCGGUCAACUUUUGUUGUUUUUUCGGAAGAAUUCCACUGUGACAUUUACGGAGGCGUUAUGGACUGCAAUAGCUAUGGUCACGUUGAAUGCGUUAAACAUAAUGACGGUCAAUCAAUAUUUCAUUGGGUGCUUCCAUGCGGGCAUGAAAGUUCGCGUCGCUAUGUGCAGUUUAAUUUAUCGGAAGACCUUAAAAUUGUCUCAAGCCGCGGUGCGGGAAAAUGCUAUCGUUAAUCUACUAUCGAAUGAUGUGAAUCGUUUCGAUCUGAUAUCGGUGCUGCUGCAUUUUAUGUGGUCGGCACCAUUGAUGGCCAUCAUAAUUACCUACAUUUUGUGGCGGGAAGCUCGAUGGGCUGGAAUGAUUGGCCUAGCGAUUGUCUUUGUCAUCGUGACACUUCAAUCAUGCAUCGGUAAAUUAUCUUCCAUAUUUCGAUUAAAGACCGCACUACGAACGGACAAACGAAUCAAAUUCAUGGAAGAAAUUAUAAAUGGGGUUCGGGUGAUCAAAAUGUUCGCUUGGGAGACACCAUUCGGUAAAAUGAUAGACAAUGCAAGGAAGAAAGAGUUAAACAUUCUGCGCAAGAACACUUACGUCCGAUGCCUGUACAUGACUUUUGCUUUAUUUACCACCCGAAUGGCUAUAUUUUGCACCAUGUUGUCAAUCAGUCUGCUCUAUGGUAGCGAAAAUAUUACAGCAACGAAGAUAUUCGUCAUCUCAGCGUAUUUCCAGUUGAUCGCACAAACUUUGUCACAAAUGUUUGUUAGAGGUGUUGCUGAAAUAGCUGAAGCAUUUGUGUCGGUAAAGCGUUUGCAAAACUUCUUGCUUGCGGAAGAAAUGAACGGAAUGAUUAAAAACGACAAACCUGCAACCGAAGACAAUGUUGAUAAUGUGAUAUCCAUAGUAGAUUUAACAGCCAAUUGGCCGACUGCAAAGGAGAAGAGUUCGGAGAAGAGUUCGAAGAAGAGUUCAAAGACUAAAAAAUUUAGUCACGACGAAGUCGAAGAGAUGAGCUUGAAAAGAAACGAACAGACAACUGAAGAUCUGGAUACCCUCUGCAAAAUUAACGUAAAUGUUAGACAGGGUUCGCUUGUCGGCAUCGUAGGUCCUGUCGGUUCAGGGAAAAGUUCAUUUUUGCAAGCGUUAUUGCAUGAACUACCUGCAGACAGUGGAACAGUGGAAGCAAAGGGAUCCAUUUCGUAUGCCUGCCAGGAGCCAUGGAUUUUUUCGGCCUCAGUCCGACAAAACAUAAUUUUUAGUAAUCCGUACGACGACGUACGCUACGACACGGUAGUCAGAUCUUGUGCACUAGAUGUUGAUAUUGAGAAUUUUGAAUCCGGAGACAUGUUGGUGAUCGGUGAUCGGGGCAUUUCGUUAUCCGGUGGGCAGAAGGCCAGAAUAAACCUGGCUAGAUGUGUUUAUCGCAAAUCGGACAUUUAUUUAUUCGAUGAUCCCUUGAGCGCUGUGGAUGCGAACGUCGCUCGCCAUUUGUUUAAUGAAUGCAUUGGACCGAAUGGAUUUUUGGCGAAGAAUGGAUCGACCAGGAUAUUAGUUACGCACCAAGUGCAUUUCUUAAAAGAUGCAGAUGUCGUCAUCGUACUGCGUAAUGGAAAGGUGGAUUUUCAUGGAACUCCAGCCGCAUUGAUGAAUGAGGGGAUCGAUUUUUCAGAAUUUUUGAAAGUCGAAGUUGGUGAAGAGCGUUUGGAAGGCGAUGAUGAUGUGGCUCAGCAAAUUACGACAAAAGAACUUAAAGUUUCUGGAGAAGAGAAAGUUGCUGAAUUGGAGGACACAUCGAAAAACAAGAGUAAAGAUUCAACAUUCAAAACAUAUUUCCUAUCUGGAACGAAUGCGUUUGUGCUGGGUAUCGUAUUUACGUUGUUUAUUGCUGCGCAACUGUUGGCUAGCGGAUGUGAUUUUUGGGUGGCAUUUUGGACCGGACAGGAAGAAAGUCGACUAAUUUUACCGAACAAUACCGAGGAAUCGGUAGCGCACACAGAGUUCCACCGAAGGCAUAACACAUCCGACACAUUGUUGAUUGGUGAGGAGAUUGAUCCACCAUCAAAUACUUCAGUCCCAGUACAAGAUUUGUUGUCGACAACGACCUGCAUUCACAUCCAUGCAACGAUUAUAGCCACACUGUUUGUGAUUGCAAUUUUCCGAUCGGUCAGCUUCUACACCAUUUGUCUGCGUGCUUCGCGUAAACUACACAAUGCCAUGUUCAAGGGAAUCAUUUCAACGCCACUGCGAUUCUUCGACACCAAUCCGUCGGGUCGAAUUUUGAAUUUGUUUUCGAAAGAUUUGGGUACUGUGGACGAAUAUCUUCCCAAAUCGUUGUUGGAUGCGACACAGAGCAUCUUAGUUAUGACCGGUUCCGUUUUACUGACCUUAGUGGUGCGGCCAUUUUUCUUGAUACCCAUUUUCAUCAUCGGAAUCGUGUUCUUUUACGUGAGGAAAAUUUAUCUGAAUACGUCGAAGGACAUCAAGCGAAUGGAAGGGAUAACUCGAUCACCGGUUUUUACUCAUCUGGCUGCUACGAUGAAUGGAUUGCCGACGAUAAGAGCUAUGGAAGCGCAACACGUACUUGCAGAGGAAUUCGACAAUCAUCAAGACCUUCAUUCGUCAUGCUGGUUCAUGUACAUUUCGACGAAUUCUGCUUUCGGUCUGUGCUUAGACUUUCUGUGUUUCCUAGUCGUUUCGUGCGUGACGUUCACGUUUCUGCUCAGCGUAAAUUCUCUCGGUAAUGAGGUCGGAUUGGCUAUAACCCAAAUUAUGGCAUUGACGGGAAUGUUGCAAUGGGGCGUCCGUGAAAGUGCGGAAGUGACAAACAAUCUGUUAUCGGUGGAACGCAUUUUACAAUACCGCGAUCUGCCACCGGAACAAAAGCUGAAGAUUUUACAAAAUGUUCACAAAGACUGGCCAGCCGAUGGAAAAAUUGAGUUUCGCAAUGUGGCUUAUCGGUACAGUGAAACGUUGCCGCCAGUUUUCGCCAAUUUGAAUUUGGUCAUUCAUCCGAAUGAGAAAAUUGGCAUUUGCGGUCGAACGGGUGCUGGGAAGAGUUCGCUGAUCGGCGCUCUGUUUAGGUUGGCGGUAAUUGAGGGCAAUAUUUUCAUUGACGGGGUGGAUACAAAUUCAGUUGACUUGCAAGAGCUACGGUCGAAAAUCUCAAUCAUUCCUCAGGAUCCGGUACUAUUUUCCGGUACGCUUAGACGGAACUUGGAUCCAUUUGAUAAGCACAAUGACGCGGAUAUAUGGAAAGCUUUGGAGGAUGUAGAAUUGAAGCACAUUGCAACGGGUCCACUCGGAUUAAUGUCCGUGGUUCUCUCGAAUGGGGCAAACUUUAGUGCCGGAGAGAAACAACUUCUGUGCUUAGCUCGGGCUAUCCUUCAAAGGUGUAAAAUUUUGAUUGCUGACGAAGCCACCGGCAACGUAUCGCUCAGUACCGACCAACUGAUUCAGGAAAAGAUUCGCGAAAAAUUUGCUGAUUGUACAGUCCUGACGAUCGCUCAUCGACUAAAUACCAUCAUUGAUUCCGAUCGAAUUUUGGUUAUGGACGGUGUUAGAACGGCUGAAUUUGCUUCGCCUUAUGAACUGCUUCAAAAUAAGAGUGGAAUUUUUUAUGAUAUGGUGCAAACGUUGGGAGUGCAUGAAUGUGAACGGUUAACGAAAAUUGCGGCUGCUAAAUUUAAGUCUGAAUAAAAUGAUUAUUUUUUUUUGUCUCCAUUGUACCUAAGUACUUAAUGUAGGCUUUAGUGCUUAAUAUUCAGAGUAUGAAAUUGUAUUAUUUUUUAAACAAAUAGAAAGAUUUCCAGUAAGACAAAUUACUUGGUACGAUAAAAGCGUACGAACAAAAUAAAACAAAUGAGAACACGUUUC